CUUUUUCUCGCUCGCCGUCUCCCUCGCCCCGCCCCGCCUUUUCAGGAGCGUGCUUACGUCACCCCGUGGAACUCCGCCUCACCUCGCCCUAGCGCCUGCGAACCAUUGGCUGCCCUUAUCGGGGCAGGGGAUUAGCUGGGCCUUCGUCGGAAUGGGCGGGGAGACGGCGGGCGCCUCCUUGCUGCUGACCACUUCUGCCUGCGCCGCGCAGCAAGAGCGAGCCAAUAGGCGCUGAGCUCUGGGCCUGUGACCGGUCGGUGCCGCCCCCACCGGAAGGGGCGGGGAGAAGCGAGCGGGGCUGUUGAUAUGGAUCAGAAACUUCCAAAGUUGGUAGAAGAGCUCACAACUUCAGGAGAACCUCAACUGAAUCCCGAGAAAAUGAAAGAACUAAAGAAAAUCUGCAAGUCUUCAGAGGAGCAUCUCAGCCAUGCCUACCGCCUGCUGAUGACCCAGCUGAGCCAGGACCACGCCGAGAUCCGCCUCUCCGCUUUCCGAAUUGUGGAUGUGCUCUUCGCCAGGUCUCACCAGUUCAGGCUGCUGCUCAUUUCUGACUUCCAGGAGUUCCUGGAGCUCACUCUGGGCACAGACCAUGAGCAGCCCCUGCCGCCUCCCAGGGAGGCAGCCCAGAGGCUGAAGCAGGCGGCCGUGCAUGCUGUGGAAGGCUGGAAUGAGCAGUUUGGUGAGGCCUAUAAGAAGCUGGCCUUGGGCUACCACUUCCUAAGACACACCAAAAAGGUGGAUUUUCAGGAUGUGAAUGCCAGGACUUUGGCAGAAAGAAAGCGGGAAGAAGAGAAGCAGAAACACUUGGAUAGAAUCUACGGAGAGAGAGCUGAGCAGGCUGCAAGAGAGAUGGAAGAAAUGUCUGAGGAGAUUGGCUGCUGUCUGAUGGAGGUGGAGAACUGCUUCAAGUUGCUGGUGCCCUUGGACCUGGGCGUAAGCCCUUCACCUGUGGAGUUUGUCCCUCAUGCCUCGGGUCCUGGCUGGCUUGCCCCUGACUGGCCUGUUGGCCCUGACCCCCAGGAUGAGGAGCAGCCAUGCUGCAGCAGAGACCUGCCUGCCUCUGCAUGCCACCCAGGAGCUGCUGCUGGUGGAGAGGGGCUGCCCCAGACAGCAGCGGGGGGUCCUUCAGAGGAUGAGGAUGAGGACAGUGACCCAGAGGAGUUCGUGCGGAGCCAUGGGCUUGGCUCUCAUAAGUACACACUGGCUGUGGAGCUGUCCUCGGACAGCCUGAGGGUGCAAGAGAAUGAGGAUAACCGUGCUGUCCUCCACGCUGCCCGUGACGCACUCAAGCUGAUCCAGAACAAGUUCCUGCCGGCUGUGAGCUCCUGGGUGCAGCGGUUUACCCGAGCCAUGGCCCAUGGUGGACACCUGAAGCGUGCCAUUGACCUGAAGACGGAGUUGGAGCUCGUGCUGCAGAAGUACGAGGAACUUGACAUUGAGCCCGACAGUGGGCACUGUGGGGAUAGAGGACAGACCCUAGCUGCUCCCUGGGAGCCCAGUGCUGCCCCUGCUGCCCUGACUGUUGAAGGUCGCUUUCAGACAGGAGCGCCGAGGCACGGGGAGGAUGAGGACGAUGAGGACUUUGUGGAAGUCCCGGAGAAGGAGGACUACGAGCCCCACAUCCCUGACCACCUCCGGGCAGAGUACGGGCUGGAGCCAAAGUCCUCACUGCAGACCCUGGAGAAAGAUGCAGCUGCAUGGGGUGCUCAGGCCAGGAGGAGGAUCCGGAGGGAGGAGGAGGAGUCGGACCCCACCUCUGCUGCUGCCCAGUUGUGUCGGCUGCAAGACCGCCUGCCCCGAGCCCCACCCUCUCCUACCAGGGCCCCACUGGCACCUGAGGAGGCCCAGAAGCUAGCAGAAGAGCAGGCCCGGGCACCUGUCGUGCCUUUUGGUGUGGACCUGUGCUAUUGGGGCGAGGAGCAGCAGACAGUCGGGAAGAUCUUCAAGGCGGACUCCGAGCACCGCUUCUGGAAGCCCAGCGAGGUGGAGGGGGAGGUGGACAGUGCGGACGUCUGUGCGCUGCUCCGGAGCCGCCACAUCACCUUUGCAGGGAAGUUCGAGCCCGUGCAGCACCGCUGUCGGGCCCCGAGGCCCGAUGGCCGGCUCUGUGAGCGCCAGGACCGGCUGAAGUGCCCUUUCCAUGGGAAGAUUGUCCCCAGAGACGACAUGGGACAGCCCCUCGACCCAGAGGACAGGGCCCGAGAGCAACAGCAGCGGCUGCAGCAGCCCAAACGCCCAGACUGGCAGGACCCAGAGUUCAUGAAGGACGUGGAAGCGGCCACAGGGACAGACCUGGGUUCGGCCCGGUACGGUGGGAAGGGCAAGGGGAAGAGGAGGAAGUACCCAAAGCUCACAGACCUGCGGGCGCAGGCCAGCACCUCGCGGGCCCGCCUGGGGAAGAAGGUCUUCGCCAAGCAGGCAAGUGGGCUGAGCAUGCCCGUCCUCCGCAUCCUGCCUGCCACCCCUAGUAAGUGCCACACUGUCUCUGGUGACCUCCGGGAGGGCUGCCGCUGCACACGUCCCCACUGCCACUGUGGUGUGGGCACAGUGUCUGUGCCCAGCCUGGGCCCGCGUACCUGCUGCUCUCAGGCCUCGCCUUCCCUUCCCAACCACAUGCCCUGUGUGGUUUUGCUGUCUUAGAGCCUGUGAGGCUGCUGCCGCCUGCCAAGGUGAAUGCUAAGGCUCUGAGGGGCCUGGCAGUGCUGGGGGGCCACCUCUUGCCCUGUGGCGUUGCCGUGGCCCAGCCCUGGGGGCCUGUGGGACAGUACCCUUGUCAAGGUCCGGCAGAGGCAAUGGGCCCUGUGAGUGUGGCCAGGGCUGGGCAGCUCUGCAGCGAGCCAACUCCCAGGGAUCUGCCCCAGGUGCCCGGCAUCCUGGGCACCUUCACUGGGAGCUGUAAUGGCUGCUGGGUCUGUGUCCCAUGUCCUCCCUGUGCUCUCUGGGGGACAGAAAGCCUGUGCAGGAGCAAGGCCAAGAGCUGGCGCCUCACAGCACCUGGAGUCUCUACAGAAAGGCCCGACUUCCCCGGGCUGGCCCAGACCCCAGGCCUCCCUGUCCUGGCUGCUGCACAGGGCUGGGGAGACAUGGCCAAGGCCUGCUUCCCUGGCAGGGUGGCGCUGAGCCUGGCCCAAGCCCCUGACCAGCCUUGCUUCGCUCUCCGGCAGGGCGGCAGUGCAGAGGGUGGCUGCUGCCAUGAACCAGAUAGACAAGAAGAAGCAUGAGAAGUUCGCAAACCAGUUCAACUACG